UGUCGCGGGGUGGUAGAGCAGAGUGGCAUAUCACACAGUCGCGUCAUCGGUAGCACAGACGGCCGAUUUCAAUCAGGACUCAGGGAAGACGCGGACUUGAACGUGAGCGCGAAUUCUUCAGCGAAUUCCAUCAUAUUUCAUUGGAUGGACAUGCAUGCUUCUGGAUUUCAGGGUGGAUUUCAGGAUGGAGGAGCAACAAGCGGUGGAGGAAGAGCAAGAGGUCGGGGAAGGUGGGAUGCAAGUGUGCUACACAGCGGCAAAGGCAAAGGCAAAGGCAAAGGCAAAGGCAAAGGCAAAGGCAAGGAAUAGCAGGGAUCGCGAUCGAACCGAAGAAGCGAUUUUGCAUUUGCCUUUGCCUUUGCCUCGCUGGAGUCGGCUCUGGAGUCUAGAUGCUACUCGCGAGAGAGUCUCUCUCUCGAGUCGAGCGUAUCCUUUUCUUUUCCUUUUCCUUUUCCUUUUUCUUUCCGUUUCGAGAGUGGUACAUAGAAAAGAAAAAACAAAACGCGUUCGUAUUGGGAUAUCUCGGCCUGGUGGUGCCGAAUUCUGGUUCCUACCGUAUGGACAGUACGUUCUGGGCUUGCCCGCUUGGUUCGGACUACCACAAUGCUAUGCUACAUCCGCCGUCCCAUCUAGCAUCCACUGAGAACUCUGGGUACCGUAUGUACCGCUCGGGUUCCGUCCGGGUUGCGGCUGCGUCGAAGGCGUCGAAGAGCAAUUGGAGGAGGUGGAGAUGGAAUCGCCGACAGGAAGGUGCGAUUGGAUUGGCAAGGCAGGCAGGCAGGCAUGUUGCACCGAACCGCCGUCUGGAUUAUAUGAUAGAGUACCCAGAGCAGAAUAGAGUAUCUAUAAUUUCUAUGAACUGGGGCCAGGGUUUUCGUCUCGUCUCGUCCCUUCAGGCUUCGUCACUUCGGGGACAAGUGACGAGAAGAGGAGGUCGAGGUCAAGGUCGACGUCGGCCUGCCUGCCUGAAUCUCGCCCACCUGGGCAUGUACUUCCUCCCUUGCGAGGAGUCCCCGCUCCUCCUCGGAGGAAAGAGCAAGACGACGAGGAAGGAAGCAAAGCGUUGAAACAAAAGUCGAAACCGAAACGUCUUGGUACCAAGUAUUCUACAUAAUGUAAUUUAUUUGCCUGCGAUCGCGAACGACAGGUUGGUUUGCACAUACAGCGUUACCUGGUAGCCAAGCAGUUACAGUACUGUAAGUACCGCGCGCCGUGGAGUAGAGUAGAGUGUAGGUUCAUACCCCCCCCCUCCUCCCCCCACCUCCACGCGUAGUUACCGAGCCUAUAU